AAACGAAAGUUAAACCUAAGGUUCAUAGAAACCAAAGCCGCCCGAGGUGGAAGCUGUUCUCUCGUUCAGGAGGAAAAUAACACGCAUUUUGGAGCAAAUAGUCGGAGGGACAGAAACCACAACAAGGAUGGCCUCUGCUAUGUCUUCCUGGUCUGAAGAUAACUUUUCAUGUUCCAUCUGUCUGGAUGUGUUCAACAGUCCAGUCACCACACCAUGUGGACACAACUUCUGCAGAAUCUGUCUUACAAAGUUCUGGGAUGAACAAGCCAAGUACAAAUGUCCUGUUUGCAAUGAGCAUUUCCCCACAAGACCUGAUCCCCGGGUCAAUACCCUCUUAUCAGAGCUGGCCGCUCAGUUUAGAACGACUGUACGAGUAGAAGAGAAGCCUUGUGUUGAGCCAGCAGAAGUUCCCUGUGACGUCUGUACUGGGAUCCAGCUGAGGGCCGUGAAGUCCUGCCUAGUGUGUUUAACCUCUUACUGCCAAACCCACCUGGAUCCACAUCAGAGAGUAGCAGGCCUUCAGAAACAUCGGCUGGUCGAGCCUAUGGACCGUCUGGAAGACAGGAUGUGUAAGAAACACGACCGACUUCUGGAGCUCUUCUGCAGGACGGAACAGAUGUGUGUGUGUCAGUUCUGCACAGAGGGUGACCACAGGUCCCAUCCUGUUGUACCUCUAAAGGAGGAAUAUGAAGUGAAGAUGGCCCAGCUGGGGAAGAUAGAGGCUGAACUUCCACAGAUGAUCCAGGAGAGAAAACUAAAGAUUAAGGAGAUUAAAGCAACAGUAGAACGCAGCCAAUCAGACGCAGAAAGAGAGAUAGCCGAUGGUGGGCAGAUCCUCACUGCUCUGAUAGGCUGUGUUGAAAAGUGCCGGGAUGAUUUCAAACAAACAGUUAAAGAGAGACUGAAAUCCACAGAGAAACAAGCUGAAGACCUCAUCAAAGAGCUGGAGCAGGAAAUAGAAGAUCUGACCAAUAGGAGCUUACAGGUGAAGCCAAUCUCACACACUAAAGACCACCUCCACUUCCUCCAGGCCUUCAGAUCCCUGAAGGAUCCUCCACCCACCAGGGACUGGACGACAGAGGAGGUCCGUCCUCCGUCAUACGUAGGGACCUUGAGGAGAUCCCUUGAUCAGCUGGAGGAGACACUGAACAUGGAGAUGAAGAAGCUGAGUGAUGAUGAACUGAAGAGGGUCCAGCAGUAUGAAGUAGAUGUGACUCUGGAUCCUGAUACAGCUCAUCCACAGCUCAUCCUGUCUGAAGAUGGGAAACAAGUACAAUAUGGAGGUGUAUGGAAGGAAUUCCCAGACAACCCUGAGAGAUUUGCAUACCAUAUAUUUGUACUUGCAAAGCAGAGCUUCUCAUCAGGGAGAUUUUACUUUGAAGUCCAGGUUAAAGACAAGACUGAAUGGUGUUUAGGAGUGGCCAGAGAGUCCAUCGACAGAAAAGGUCGGAUCAAAUUUACCUCUAAGACGGGUUACUGGACUCUUUACUUCAAAAAGGAUACGUUGUUUUUUUGUGAUGACCCUGAUGUCCGUCCGAGAGCUGAUCUCCAGAAGGUGGGGGUGUUUGUUGAUUAUGAUGAAGGUCUGGUCUCCUUCUAUGAUGUGGAAGCCAGGGUUCAUAUUUACUCUGCUACUGGCUGCACCUUUAGUGAGCCUCUCUAUCCAUUACUCUGUCCAUGUGAUCAUGAAUUUGAUAGAAACUCUGGCCCCCUGAUCAUCUCACCUGUCAAUCAAACGGAUUAAGACCUUCGUUUGAUGAUAAAAUAAUCAAACAACCAAAACAACUGAUGUUGUUUUCUGAAUUAGAAUCUCUACCAUGGGAAAUCUAAGAGAGCUGCAUUCAUAUCGUACUAUUGACUGUCAUUUAACAAGAGGAAAAAUAAUCAAGCAACUAACACUGUACUAUAAAAUAUAUAACCCAUCAUAAAGUGCUACACUAUAACGUUCAAUAUCUUUUUUUCUGAAGGAUUUUCAUGUUCGUUUUUUUUACUUGAUGGUGUAAAUGUAUACGCUAGCUGAAAAUGUGGAAUGUUCAUUUUGAUCAAAUGAUCAAUCGUUUUUUAAACCAAAUAGUUAUAUUUGAUCAAUCUAUUGAAUCAUUUUAUAAUAACACAAUUCAAUGUUUGCACACUUUUCAAAUUUAAAUAAAAAAUACCAAAAGUAGAA